AUGGCGGCCGAAGAUGUGGUGGUCAUGCGCUGGCCUCUGCAUUCCGGAGAGCUCUUGCAAAAUCUGUGCGCGAUGCGUGACCGAGGAGAAAUGAAUGACGUGACUCUCAUAACACCCGACGGCAGUGUCGAAGCUCAUCGUGUCAUCUUGGCGGCCAGUUCAGAGCUGCUCCGAGACAUGCUGAAAAGAAGUCCGGCCUUCGUUCCAUGUUCGCUCGUUCUGAGGGACAUUACCGAAGCCCAGCUGAAUCUCGUCUUGGAUUUCGUCUAUAAAGGCGAGCUCGCAGUCCUCAAAACUCAGCUCAACGACUUGGCGAGGGCUUGCGAUUACCUUCAAAUCAAAACCUGUCUAUCUUCGCUCGAAUCUGCAGACGGAGCGUGUCAGGAGUUCGAGGAGGGACAAAACGGAGAAGAUGACCGUGACGAAGAGAACGACGAUGAACCUGAUGGCGGCGGCGGCGUCGACGACGAGGCAGAGCAUGUUGAUGAGGAGUGCAACGCCGAAGAGCCAGAAACCGACUUCAUCGAGCCUGCUCCGAAUAAAGGCCUCACGAAUAAAAUGACUCGAAGGACGAAAGUCACGAACACGAGUGAGGCGACGACUGAAUCAGACAAGAUUCCAAUCAGCGCCGACGAGGUCGAAAUGGAGGACUUGCAAAGCUCUGCGGCGACGUACGAGGUCAUCACUUUCGAAGACGUCAAAGAGGAAUCAGCUGACGACGCGAAGCCGAAAUCGAGGCAAAGCUACGCGAAGAAAGCUCGUCUGUCCAUUGUCGGCGAUAAACGUGUCUACACGCUCGAUGACGACAAGCUCGUGGGUGAUGCGCCUUCUCAAAUCGGACCGGAUCGGCGAUUUUGUCGCGAAUGCCGCAUAACUCUGAGUUAUCCCAAAGAAUUCCGGGAGCACCGGAAACAAUGGCACGCGCUGCAGUGCGCCAGAUGCGAUUUUCGAGCCACGAAAGAGUCCACGAUCCGUGAACACUUCGAAAAGGUCCACGAGAACAUACGGAGAUUCAGCUGCGACGUGUGUCCUUUCCAAUGCAAGGACCGAGCCACGCUACUAAAUCAUUCGAGGAGACAUACGAACGAGAAGCCCUACGAGUGUGGGUACUGCGACUAUAAAUCGGCUCAGUCGGCCUCCAUGAAGCAACAUGUCACAUUACACGAAAAUGUCGAGAGUCGACCGUUCCCAUGCGACGAGUGCACCAGGCAUCCUAUAUCCUUCGGCUCACGGGCCGCGUUGACCAAGCACAAGAAGGCUCAUCAUACCGCCCGGGUCAUGGCCUUCACGAUCAUCCAGGAAGACCAGGCUCUCACAGAAGCUACCGGAGAGAAUUCAUGA